AUGUUGAUGCUGCCGAGGCCUUCAAUGACGUUGAGACUCCUGCUGUCUCUUGCUCCAUGGCGAGUAUGGUCAUUGCAUCCUGUCGACCGCGAGGUACUAAGACAACGUUAAAAAGUGACUUCAGAAUGGCACCUCCCAUCUUCCCAUUGUGUCAUCUGGAGCCAUCUUCCGUUUAAGUUUCAUCACAUUGAAGUAUUAGAACUAAAAAUAGGACUGUCUUCUCUUCUACUUAGUCAACCACUUCUACCUAGGUUUCAACCUUGCGCAAAGCGUCUUCCAAGAAGAAAUCUAUUGCGCACCAGCGAGACCACAGGAGACCAGGCCACGCCCACUUUCGACAAAACGCACACACGGUACGGCAGAAGAAGCAUGAUCAUGCAUACGAUCAGCAUCAGGAGUCGGGGAUUAUAGAAGACGCAGCUGAUCGUGAUCAUCCGGGAAAAGAUGAACAAAUCGAGGAUGAAGAUAAACACGAAAUAGAAGAACUGAUAAAUCACGUGUCGAAAAACAGAGAAGAGGAUAAUGAAGAUGAUGAAGAUAAUAUCGAGAAAGAUAAUGUCAGAGGACCUGCUAGAAGCACAGAGAGGAAAACGAAAUUGCAGUCCUUCGUGAAAGAAGACGUUGACGAUGAUGAAAGAAGCACUCACGAAGAGGAAGUGCCGACGUCACGUCAUCAUGAUGAGAAACACAAGCUUGUGAAGAAGAAGAAAUCUAGGAAACCAGACCCACUACAUAUUCACCAACUACUACAACAAGACGAUCACAGUCAUCCUCAUUUGCACAGAAGUCACCACCAACAGGAGCAUCAGAGUCAUUCUCAUCCACAUAACCAGGCCUCUCAUCAGCACCGAAACCAAUUGGACGAAAAUGAAGACGAUGAUGAGGGUCCGACCAUGGCUGAUGCUGAUCAUUCAAAGAGAGGUCUUCAACAUCUUCUUCAUGAUGAUGAUGAAGACCAAUCAUUCAACGAAAUGGAGGCUCAUCAACAUCAUCACACGACAAGAGAAGGUAAGAAGGCGCAUCACAACAGUGACCGCGACGCUGGCCGACAUGUGCAUGAGCACUCCAGCGACCAUGAGCAAACCAAGAACAAGAAGCUACACGUCGCCGCAUCUUCUUCGUCUGCGCAUGACAGGCGAGCGCUGAAACAAUCAAAGAGUGGCAAGAAAGCGAAGACGAAGAAAGGGAAACGAAAACACAACUUGCUGCUUCAGGUGCUCAAGGAAAAGCAAGCACGCAAAGUGAGUGCCCACACAUCUUCAGCGGUUGAAGCACCUGGUGAUACCGUGGGUCGCUUCAGCGUCUAUUUCUGGGAGAAACCGUAUAGGGAGUGCCAAGCUGACAAUCUCGAUUCGGUACUAUAAGGGACAUUUUUACACAAGAUCAAGGUGUCAUCAAGAAGAUGAGGUGUGACCAAAAACAUGAAAACUAAAGGUAAGAUGCCAUUAGCAGGCAUGAUCUUCAAAUAAAUCAAAAAGGAAUCGUGGUGUUCAACUUUUUCUACUUCUACUUAGUUACAGUGAAGAAGAUUAGGAUUAUGAUAUUGGAAAAGAAGAUGAAAAGUCACCCACACUCUCACCUGCACGCCGACAAAACCGACCAACAGGUAAAGCUGCCAUUCUCUGAGAAGGGCUAUAUGAUGUUUCACAAGUGUGCCAACAUAUGCCAGACGAACCCAAAAUGUGGCGGUUUUUUGAUCAAGAAUAUCUAUGGGUUGAUGACCGACUCGACUGGCGCAGACUUGGGAAAAUCCGAGUUUAUCGAAGAGCAACAAUGCAUUCCGAAGAAAAAUUUUUAUCUUGGUAAAUAAUCGAUCCUUGUUCGUUCGACGUCGUGGUAGAAGAAGAAGUAGAGGAGAACAACACUUAGGGCAAAGAUAUUAUGGAUUUCAGGGAAGCGGAAUCUUUCUGAGAAUCAUAGUUGGGUAGUGGCAGAAGUUGAUGUCUGCAUAUUGAAAUAGAUACUCGUUUUGCGGAUACUCAUGUGACCUAAGUACUUUUUUUCAAAUUUUUCAGGCCGACCACUGUGGGCUAGCUGCGUUCCCGCUGACGAUACUACCACCUACAUACGAAAAACCGUUUGGCAGUUUUCGAAAAACAGUCUUGAGACCAAGGAAACCGAGGAUGAGAUGCCCCUCUCGCUAGGAGGAACCUUUCCCGACCUCUACCAUUCCAACUGAGUUGGCAUCGUCACUCGCUUGUUUCUUUUUCAAUCACUAAACAUUCAUGAUGUACUUACAAAUAUAUAGACUACAUACUGAGAAUUGAAGCAAAGGACUAACGACCAGAAAGUUCUGAAAUAUGAAAACGAGGAUCAUGAGAGAAAACAAAUUGUUACAAUGUACUGAAGAGUCUACUAGUACCUACUUGUGUUUCGCGUACCUUAGAGCAAGGGUAAAAGAACGAGUUUCCGAUUCCGAUCUGACAUGUACAGAAUUUGUUCAUCAAAAUGUAAAUGGAAAUGAAUAGCCGACAAAAAUAGCAGUAGUUCACGCAGGAUGAAAAUAUCUUUGAAAAGUCAUUUUAAACUUGAAGAUGCAACAGCUGAGCUCGUCCAGAUGAUCGCGACGUGCAACAUCUCCGUGCUGUCGUGCGCAUUUUGGUACUUCUACGUGGGUCUCAGAGACAUAGAAUGGUAUUGUGUUCAGCUGUUCAUCAUGCUCAAUGUCAAUGGCGUGAUGCAGUUGAUGAGCGUUUUGAAGAAGAAUGUGGA